CUCUGGCAUCAUUAUUCAGUGAAUCAUUCUUCCAUAUUUCUUCUCUUCUUCGUCUCAUCCAUACUCAACCAUUUACAGUCCACACUCACUCCACCGACAUUAACUUGUUCCCAGAGGCCACUGGAGCCUGGAGCAGCUUAAUGGAUCCCAGAAGAGAAAGGAGAUUCUCCCGAACCAAGCUUAAGGCAGACUUAGCGGCAGUUCUUCGAAAAUCAUGGUACCAUUUGAGGUUGUCCGUCAGACAUCCGUCUAGAGUCCCCACUUGGGAUGCAAUUGUCCUCACGGCUGCUAGCCCCGAGCAAGCCCAGCUAUACGACUGGCAGCUCAAGCGCGCCAAGCGUAUAGGCCGGAUCGCUCCCUCCACCGUCACUCUUGCCGUGCCCGACCCCAACGGCCAGCGGAUCGGCUCUGGUGCCGCCACUCUUAAUGCCAUUAAUGCCCUCGCUCGCCAUUAUCAGAUGCUAGGGCUCGAUCUUGGCCCAGAGGUGGCAAACACAGAAAAUGGAAGUUCUGGAUCUAAUAGUGAAGAUUUUGUCCUGCCACUUGUUAGAUUUGUGGCCAAAAAGCACAUACUGUUGCUUCAUGCUGGAGGUGACUCUAAACGGGUCCCAUGGGCAAAUCCUAUGGGAAAAGUUUUCUUACCACUUCCAUAUCUGGCAGCAGAAGACCCUGAUGGGCCAGUUCCGCUGCUUUUUGACCAUAUACUUGCAAUUGCUUCUUGUGCAAGACAAGCUUUUAAGAAUGAAGGUGGAAUAUUGACAAUGACUGGUGAUGUUCUUCCAUGUUUUGAUGCCUCUUCCAUUGUUAUUCCAGAGGAUGCAUCCUGCAUCAUCACAGUUCCCAUCACCCUUGAUAUUGCUUCUAAUCAUGGUGUUGUUGUGGCAUCUAAAACUGGGAUUCAAACUGACAGUUACACAGUCAGUUUAGUUGAUAAUCUCCUACAGAAACCUACUGUAGAGGAACUUGUUAAGAAUCAAGCAUUAUUGGACGAUGGUAGAACAUUGCUCGAUACUGGAAUCAUAGCAGUUAGAGGUGAAGCAUGGCUGGUGCUUGCCAAGCUUGCAUGUUCCUGCCAAACAAUGAUUACAGAACUUCUAAAGAACAGAAAAGAGAUGAGUUUAUAUGAAGAUCUAGUGGCAGCCUGGGUACCUGCAAAACAUGAAUGGCUGCAAGUGCGGCCUUUGGGCAAAGAACUGGUCAGAAAAUUGGGCAAACAAAAGAUGUUUAGCUACUGUGCUUAUGAUUUGUUGUUCCUGCACUUUGGAACCUCAAGUGAAGUUUUGGAUCACUUAAGUGGGACUAGCUCAGAACUUGUAGGUCGAAGACAUUUGUGUUCCAUCCCAGCCACAACUGCAUCUGACAUUGCAGCAUCUGCUGUAGUUCUUUCUAGCAAAAUUGAAUCUGGUGUCUCAGUUGGGGAAGAUUCUCUUAUAUAUGAUUCAACCAUAUCUGGUGGAAUGCAAAUUGGUUCCCAAUCUGUAGUUGUUGGAAUUAAUGUCCCAGGAGACAUUGGUGCGGUGGCAGAAAAUUCAUUCAGAUUCAUGCUUCCAGAUCGUCAAUGUCUUUGGGAGGUUCCUCUAGUCGAAUGUACAGAAAGAGUCAUAGUGUAUUGUGGCCUCCAUGAUAACCCAAAAAUUUCACUUUCCAAGGAUGGGACUUUCUGUGGGAAACCCUGGAAGAAAGUCUUGCAUGAUUUGGGGAUUGAAGAAAGUGACCUGUGGAACUCAGUGGGUUCUCAGGAGAAGUGCUUAUGGAAUGCUAAAAUAUUCCCCAUUCUUUCUUACUUUGAGAUGCUUAGUUUGGCCUCGUGGUUGAUGGGUUUGGGUGACCCAAAAACUAAAAGUUUGCUUUCCUUGUGGAAAAAUUCACGCCGUGUCAGUUUGGAGGAGUUGCAUAGAUCAAUUGACUUUUCAAAAAUGUGUACAGGCUCAAGUAGUCAUCAUGCUGAUCUUGCAGCUGGAAUUGCUAAGGCUUGCAUUAACUAUGGCAUGCUUGGACGAAACUUGUUCCAAUUGUGUCAGGAAAUUCUACAGAAGGAAGCUUCAGGAGUCGAAAUAUGCAAGGACUUCUUGGAACUGUGUCCCAAACUUCAGGAGCAGAAUUCUAAAAUUCUUCCCAGGAGUCGGGCAUAUCAGGUGCAAGUUGAUCUUCUUCGAGCAUGCGGAGAUGAAAAAACUGCAUGCCAGUUGGAACAUAAAGUUUGGGCUGCAGUCGCUGAUGAAACUGCUUCUGCAGUGAGAUAUGGUUUUAAAGAACAUCUCUUGGAGUCUCCUGGCAGCUUGCCUGCUUCGGAAUAUGAGAACAAUCACAUUGAUGACUCUCUCAGUCAAUCUUUCUGCGCUAGAAGGGUAAAGGUUGAGUUACCAGUUCGUGUAGAUUUUGUUGGGGGAUGGAGUGACACUCCUCCAUGGAGCUUGGAGCGUGCUGGAUGUGUUCUGAAUAUGGCAAUAAGUUUGGAUGCUUGUCUUCCCAUUGGCACAAUCAUAGAGACAACAGAAAAGACUGGAGUGUUCAUUAAUGAUGAUGCUGGAAACCAGUUAUACAUUGAGAAUGUUACCUCAAUAGCACCUCCAUUUGACGAUGACGAUGUAUUCCGGCUUGUCAAAUCUGCAUUGCUUGUGACUGGUGUUAUUCACAAAAACAUUCUUGCAUCCAUGGGCUUGCGAAUCAAGACAUGGGCAAAUGUACCUCGUGGUAGCGGCCUGGGAACUUCGAGCAUCCUAGCAGCUGCUGUUGUGAAAGGCCUCCUUCAGAUAACUGAUGGAGAUAAAAAUAAUGAAAAUGUUGCUAGACUGGUUUUGGUAUUGGAACAACUCAUGGGGACAGGAGGUGGGUGGCAGGAUCAAAUUGGAGGUUUGUACCCUGGUAUUAAAUUUACUACAAGUUUCCCUGGAAUACCAUUGAGGCUCCAAGUCGUCCCCUUAUUGGCUUCUUCUCAGCUGAUAUCAGAAUUGCACCAGAGAUUGCUUGUUGUGUUUACUGGUCAAGUUCGACUUGCACAUCAAGUUCUACAGAAAGUAGUUACUAGAUACCUUCAGCGGGAUAACCUUCUUGUAUCCAGUGUUAAGCGCCUUGCUGAACUGGCAAAAAUUGGGAGAGAGGCUUUAAUGAACUGUGAAGUGGACGAACUAGGGGAGAUAAUGCUGGAGGCCUGGAGGUUGCAUCAGGAACUUGAUCCGUACUGCAGCAAUGAAUUGGUUGAUAGGCUAUUUGCAUUUGCUGACCCCUACUGCUGUGGCUACAAACUUGUGGGUGCUGGUGGUGGGGGCUUUGCGUUGUUACUUGCUAAGGAUGCUAAUGCUGGAAAGGAACUGAGACAUAAGCUAGAAGAAUGUUCAAAUUUUGAUGUGAAAGUCUACAAGUGGAACCUCUUUUUAGACAAUUAGACGUAUAAAUAUGACCAUAAAUACCUCUUAUUAUUCUUUAUACAGACCCUUGUAUAAUUCUUUAUGAUAGGUUUAUAAGAUGAUUUAUAUAUGGAUUACGAGCGAUAAGUGUGUGAUACAAGGAACUAAAAAUUAUUUGUAUGUUGACUAUAUAGCUUAAUAAGAUUCAGCAGUAUAGCAGUUUGUGGUUA